AUGAUAGGUGCCACGUCCUUCUUGAACCACUCCGGGCCUCGACCGCCGCGAUACCGCACUCCGUCUCCUCCGCGACGCGCCGUGGAGCCUAUCUCUCCUUUCACAACCACCGACUUUCGUGCCUCGUGGAUUGACCGCGGAGCCUCGCAAGCUGCGAGCUCUGAUCGCGAUCGGGUCACAUUGAACAAUGAUGUCUAUUCGAGCACAAAUCGGGGAUCUCAUGGCCGAACCAGCCAUGGCCGCUCCAGCUCCACAAUUGACACUCUCGCGACAAUCGCCUUAGCGACCAGUCCUACUUUUGCGCCUCUUUCCUACAGACCUCCUUCUCAAGACUCAACGCCUGCCAUGUCACUCUUUCCUUCCCAGUCCAUUGAAAGUACAGAACGUCCAGCCAAGCGACCGCGGUCGGAGAAAAGUCCGUCUCCCUUACAUCAACCGCAGACAUCCGUCGCGCCGGAUGCAAAUCCUUCCUCCACCUUCGACAGCAUGAAAACCGAUGCUGAGCUUCUUCUAAAUUUCGCGAGACCAAGCAACUUCCACCCUGCCGCUUUCUACCCCUCGAAGCGGGUGAGCAUUGAUGAGUCGUACCAUCCUCACUACGGCGAGGAACCGAAAAGCCACUUUCGGGCUGGUCUCGGAAGCACAUAUAUUCUGCCAGAUGACGAGAAAUCCGCGUAUCACACUUCCGCAAAUACUGCAUUUCCAGCAUCUCGAAUGAGAUCUCAGUCGGACGGUUCGGCCUUCAUUUCUCGACCGGUCAUUCAGGGAGUACGGCCCAACACAAGCUCUUCUACGCUUCCUCCAAUUGUCUGGCAAGAGGAAGAAGGCAAUGCCAAAAUGGGCUCAGGAACCCCAGGCACGAAAUUUCCCGGGGCUGAGGCACGAUACGAGAGUUCAGUCUUCACAGGGAUAGAUACCGGUGCUGAUCGCGCAUCAUUGGAUGUGCCUCCCCGGGGAGAUGACGAAACAGAAUCCGACGAGAACAACCAAGCGAACUGCGCCGCCUGUAAUCUGGUCCGAAUACCGGUGGAUUCAGAAGAACAAGGGGAUGUCACAUGGAUCAGUUGUGACGGCUGCAAGCAAUGGUUUCAUAUCGUUUGUGCCGGAUUUAAGAAUGAUCGCGAGAUACGGACAGUCGACAAGUUCAUCUGUCGCCGGUGUCGACCGAUCCACGGACAGACAACGUUUGUUCGAAAGUCUUCUCGAACCCGCACUGCCAUUGAUUAUGCUGGUCUCAACCAGGGUCUUGUCAAGGCCGCCAGCGAUUCUCUGGAACAUCAUUAUAUUGAACCCAUUCGGGAAGGCAAGAUUCGCUUUCUCCCUGAAAACUUCCCGCGGAUGAGACCGGAGUUGGUCACUGCCGAAUAUUUCGAACGUGGUAGCGGCAUGACAGAGCCAAUCGUUAUUCCAGCACAUCUCAACACCCGUGAUUCUAUUCCCAUUGUCGACCCCGAAUUCGACGCGCUCGUCCAGGAGGCUACUAGCCAAGAGAUGUUCGACGAACUGUUGGAGCACGUCCCCGAGGAGGGCAAGGACUUCGAGACCGUCGUCGAUUGCGGCCAAGACCAGUUGGACAUGGUUGUUCCUCAGGGUCUCACUGUCCGAACGGUGGCGGAGCUUUACGGUCCUGAAGAGAGAGUCGAAGUCAUUGACGUCAAAUCGCAGCAGGGCGAGGACAAAAGGUGGAACAUGCAGAAAUGGGCUGACUAUUAUGAGAGUACCGGCUCCAAGGUCGUUCGCAACGUGAUCAGUUUGGAGGUCUCACAAAGUAAAUUGGGCAGACUGAUACGCCGACCAAAAAUUGUGCGUGAUCUUGACUUGCAGGAUGCGGUAUGGCCUGAAGAGCUCAAAGCCAUCGGCGAUUAUCCGAAAGUUCAAUUUUACUGCCUGAUGUCUGUCGCAGACUGCUAUACCGAUUUCCACAUCGAUUUCGGCGGUUCUUCGGUCUACUAUCACAUUCUUAAAGGCAAAAAGACUUUCUUCUUCAUCCCACCUAAAGACAAGCAUCUGAAGAAAUAUGAAGACUGGUGCAACUCUCCCGCGCAAGACUCCACGUUCCUUGGCGACCAGACCAAGGAGUGUUACCGCGUCGAUCUGUCCGAAGGCGAUACCAUGUUGAUUCCAUCUGGCUGGAUCCACGCCGUCUGGACUCCUACGAACAGCCUGGUCAUUGGCGGUAAUUUCUUGACGCGUCUUAACUAUGGUAUGCAGAUCAAGGUUGCCAAGAUCGAAAAAGAUACCAAGGUUCCUAGGAAGUUUCGGUAUCCGUUCUUCCAGAGGAUCCAAUGGUACACCGCGUUGAAAUACCUGGAGGACGACCCUAUCCCUCAAAGUGUGCUCGACGCUUUCGCUGAGGAUGAAAACUACCGAUUUCACAGAGCCUAUCCUAUCUACUACGAAUUCGGGGAGCGGGAAAAUAAGGCGCCUGCCGGGGAUCCAUAUCACAAUUCUCGAUUUUACUCCCAGGCCGAACUCGAGGGGCUUCCAGAUCUUGCCAAGUACCUGCUUCGGACAGCAUUAAUUGCCAGUGGCUACAUGGUUGAGGGAGUGACGAUGGACGCUAGGAACGCUGUCAAGCGAUCUAUACCGAAGGGCCAAGGAGACCCAGUCGACACAGUGAGAAAGUUUGGAAUCUGGGUAGCGUGGAAGCGUGGAAAUGAAAAGGCUCCGCAAUGGACACGCCCUGGUGUGGUGGAAAGCAACGCUAAACUCAGCCUCACGGAGAAGAAGCCAGCAGGGCGACCUAGCCGUCGAUCAGAGCGAAAUGCAGAGGGACAGCGCAUGUAUGCAGAACGGCAAGCUGUACAACGGCCACUAGAACAACCUCCAGAUUUGACCAAUGGCCUUUCCAGUGAAGAAAGCUCUUCUGCGCCUUCGACCGUUGAGAUCCCUCAGCCUACCGUUAUUUCGACGCUUCCAGGCACCGAGACGAACGAACUGAAGGAAGAAAUGGUUCAGAAACCUCGAUCUAUACAUCGCAGCUCUGGAUUGGGUCCUAAGCGUGUUGCCUGUGAUGCGUGUCGUAAGCGAAGAAUCCGAUGUCGGCAUAAGGAUGAACACAACGACACAAUAUCGGCAAAGCAAACGACGUUUGGAUCUUUCCCUGCAGGAGUCCAAUCAUCUUUGGCUCACGAUGCCGCAUCGGCAUUGAAUUCGUUGGCGGCCAUUGCGUCUGAAGCAGGCUUUCAGGACGCCGCGAAUGGGUAUGGUCUAGAUCGACUUGAAGGUUCUGGGAAUUACAGCACUGCCAUCUUGAGCACACCGAAUGCAGCCACCAGCAAAGUCAAUGAUGGCAGUCCCGAGGGUCUUAGCACAGGAAAGAAAGGGCGCAGCAAGGCUUGUGAUGAUUGCCGAAAGAGCAAGCGCCGGUGCAUUCAUGAUGAAUAUGGCAGAAUCGACCCUAUCAAAGCCCAAGAACGAUCGAAGCCCAGGGCGGCAGCCUCUGCCAAGAGGCCGAAGCAGGAAAGCACGUCUCCUGUGGCGAGGCCGGCCAGUCUCUUCAGAGCUGAAGGGGACAUGUCUCAUACGCAGAGGCCAGUUGAUUUGGAAGCUUCUUCAUACUUUGGCACUUCGCACGACCACAAUGGCAUAGCUCAGACAAAUUUGACGUCUGCCGAGAGAAAGACUCACGUGGGGCAGACUUCGUACGCAUCCCCGCCGGCAUUUCAGUCAGACACGGUCGUUAUGGAGGUCGACGGGGCAGCCGUAUCGAAGCCAACCGCUUCACUUGUUUCGCCGCCAACUUCUCAGGCAGACGAGACGGAUGUGCCUCCCGAGCAAGAUGGGGAGAAAGACAACCAUGUUGUUUAUUACACGCCUACUGCUAGUUCCCGACAUUCCUCCCGUCAACCACGUCACGUUGACAGGUAUGUGCCCGAAAGCCAGCCAGCCAAAGCUGUGAAGACGACGCACACACCGUCUACAAGACGGGCAUCCUUCAGUGGGCCAACGACCGCUCGUAGAGUAACCCCUGGUGUGCAGGAAAGCUCGAAGAAAUCUGCAUCACGCCCUUCGUCAUCUCAUGCGAAGAAAGGAGUCUCUCCGGCGACAGAGAAGAAGUUUGACCGUAUGACUACGACUUCAACGUCGCCAGGGCAUAAGGGCGCGAAACGUGAACGCACGGCGAUUGCUGAUGAUGAACCUGAUGCGGAGAGUUUACGCUUGAUUCGCGAAUUGCAAGAGCAGGAGUUUGGCUUGCGCAAGCGAACUACGCGAGUGUGA